AUGGUGGCAGGUGGUGUGGUGAUGGUGGCUAAAGUACGGUGGUGGCAAGUGGCGGGUGGUGUGGGUGGUGGUGCGACGGGGCGGGGAAAGACGAUGGUGGAAAGUGGCGGGAUGUGGGCGCGGAAGACGGUGGUGGAAAGCGACAUUAUGACCGCGAUGGGUGGAUGGUGGUGGCAGUGGUGGUGGUGGCGGAUAGGUUGGUGUGGUGUGAGUGGGUGGGUGACGUGUGGCGGUGGCGGCGAGUGGGGGCGUGGGGUGGUGGUGGCGUGGCGUGGCGGUGUGGUGGCGUGGCGAAGUGGUGGUGGGUUGGUGGUGUGGAAGACUGUGGUGGUAGCGGUGGUGGGGUGGCUGGCGAGGUCGGUGGUUGUGGUGGCGGGUCGUGGUGGAGAUGGUGGUGGGGGGGAUCUUGUUUUCUCCUUUGUGAUUGUACUUCCUUUUGUGGCUGCUUAUUUGGUAUUAGAGCAGUGGAAGCUUUAA